GAGCCAGUUCUCGAUAUCCUUCAGGUUAUUGUUAAUUGUAUACUAUCAUGGGAUUCUGGUCGUCCCUUUUCGAGAACAGGGCAAAUGCCCUGAACCGCUUACACGCAGAGCGGCGCCCAUUGCUUCCUGCUUACACUGCCGAUGAGAUUACCCCUGCGCUACCUGCAAAGGAGGUUACGAAGAUUGCUCUGCGUCUCAAAUAUCAGAUUGAACAGGUCAUUCCAUAUGAAUUGGAACAGUCGGUCAUCACCAAUCCCAAUAGCAACGUCAUAACCAAAAGUGUCAUUCACACCGCAAGGCAAGCUGGUGGAGAGGAAUACCGUGCCUGUAUCUUGUUCUGCCUGUUGGUCUGUCAGAAGUGGUUUCAUACUGAAGGUUUGCACGCGUUAUGGGACUCACCGCUGUGUGAUUGCCGAGCCCUUGCAUGCCAGGUUAUCGCCAAAAAAAUAAUUGAAACCGAAGGAGACCAGGAAUGGCUCCACAAAGAAGCGCUUCUGAAACGUUACUCUAUCCUUCGCAAAGGCGAAGUUACACCCCCUGUAAACGUGGUUGAGCGUGCCGUAGAUAUGCACGCUUUAUAUGUCAUUGGUUCGUCGGGAUAUCAGAAAUGUCUCCAGGGCUUGUGGAGAGGCUGGCUAGUGCAAGAUGAGCGAGAACCGUCCCAGUUCGUCGAUUAUAAAAACAAGAUAAACACAAGUUACUGGGCGCAUUUCGAUCCGGACCGUAUGCGAGUUCCGCUAUAUCAAAAUGCACUUUUGAUAUUCUUCUCGUUACUCUACCUGGCACUCUAUACGAAUGUGAUCAACACAGUCAAUCCCGACGGUGAUAUCGACGUUGCUGAAGGUAUCCUCUACACGAUGACACUCUCGUAUCUAUGCGACGAGUUCGCGAAGAUCAUAAAGAUCGGCAAAUAUUAUAUUGGAUUCUGGAAUGUUUUCAACUUUACACUUUUCAGCUUGUUGGCAGUUUCGUUUAUUUUACGCAUGGCCGCCCUGGCUCACUCAACAGAUGUGGACGAUGCUCAGCGCCGUCAUCUCAAUCAAAUGAGCUAUAACUUCCUAGCAUUCACGGCACCGAUGUUCUGGAUGCGUCUCCUUCUGUUCCUCGACACGUUCCGUUUCUUUGGGGCUAUGUUAGUCGUUCUCAAGGUCAUGAUGAAGGAGAGCUUGAUAUUUUUUGCUCUUCUUUUCGUGGUCCUAGUAGGAUUCUUCCAGGGGUUCAUUGGCUUGAAUAAUACCGACCUCGCUGUGCCUGUCACUAGCAAGAUUUUGAAGGGAAUGGCCAACAGCAUCAUGCAAAGCCCUGAUUUUGACGCUUUUGAGGAUUUUGCGCCCCCUUUUGGGAUACUACUAUACUACGUUUUCAAUUUUAUUGUAAUGAUUGUUUUGUUGAAUAUCCUCAUCGCUCUAUACAACAGUUCUUACGAAGAUAUUUCCGGCAAUGCAGACGAUGAGUAUAUGGCGUUAUUCUCUGCCAGAACACUUCAAUACGUGCGAGCUCCAGACGAGAACGUCUUCAUUCCUCCCUUCAACCUCAUCGAAAUCCUCUUCCUAAUUCUCCCAUUCGAAUGGUGGCUAUCAACAAAAUCAUACGAACGUCUCAACGACAUAGUCAUGUCCAUAAUCUACUUCCCUCUACUCCUCGUCACUUCAUACCUCGAAACCAGAGACGCGCGCUGGAUCCGCUGGAACCGGCGGCACGGCGAAGCAGACGACACAAUUCGUCAGGAAUGGGAAGAUCUCGCCCAUGAAGUUGGAUUUGAUGGCCUCGAUGAAAGUGAUGAAUGGGUCGUGACUGUGAAGCGGACGAAGCCGAAUGUGGAUGUUACUGCUGUGGAGCUGGGGAUUAGAGAGCUUAAGGAGCAGGUUAGGCAGUUGACUGAGGCGGUUAAGGCUUUGAUGGAGGAGAAGGAGAAAUCGGUUCUUGAGGGGUCUCAGUAGUUUGGUUGUUUAUUGGCGUUGGGUUCUGUGAACAGUGCUAAUGAUCAUUUUGUCCAUAUAUAAAUUU